AUGACUGAUUUGGAGCCAGUUCAACCCUCACUAUGCCAAAGAAUCUGCUGCUGUAUGACGAAUUCAGCAAAGGAGCCUCCUGUACAGUUGAUAAGAUCAGGAGCGCUAGACGUAAAAACGGUAACCAAUGGACACAUUUCAGCUGCCGAAAAAUCCAUAGAUGGUUUCGAGGAUGUCAACCUCGAACAACGAUCGGUCAUCAACACCACCUCCACGACGACAGCAGCCCCCGCUGCCGCCGCUGACACAUCAAAAUUGCGGGUGUUAGCGGAAAAAGACCGUAACGCUGUUAAUAUGAACGAUAUUAUGAUGGACGAGAUACUCGGGGAUGAGAGCCGACAUGAUGAAGUGGAUGGCGUUUUUGAGGACGCCAUCUCGAUUAGUACCAAUGUGAUUGAAGAAGUCGAUGAGUCGGAGCUUUCUCAACUACGACUACAUCCAUCAUGUGAGGUGCUGUUCCCGGACAAACCCACGAACAACAAGAAACCUUCUUCUGGAGAUGGUUCAGAUGGACGAGUUUCUCAUGAUGCUCACGAUGACCGUGAUGACCACGAUCGAGAUGAUCGUGAUAAAGAUGAUGAUAAUAGUGAAGCCGCUGUUGAAACCCAAGCUGUUUCCCUUUCAUUCGAUAUGCCAUCGACAUCAAAAGAGAAGGAUGAAAAAGAAGAAUCGAAAACCGAAGAUGACGAAUCUGCAAUAGAGGAAACCACCCGUGAUGAGGAAUUCAGUGAAUCCGAGAAGGAGAUGAGCGAAAGUGAGCGGAGCACUCCAAAAUUGGAAAAAUCAUCGAGAAUUACACAAAUUCAUGGGCAAUCGGCUGGUCCCAGUGUAAUUCAGAUAGUGCCAAAGGAAGACGACGAAUCUGACAUCGACGACGAGAUCAUACUUGCAGGCGGCGUGACGCCGACAGUUCAAAAACCCUUCGAUCCGCCGCCGUUACCUUCGACGAAAUCGAUCAUGUAUGCUGAUACGUCGUCAUCGGAGGAGGAUAGUGACGAUGAAGUGAGCCGAGAAGUGCUGCCGCCUGUCCAACGAUCCCAGAGGUUCACGAAUAUCGAUCAAUUACGAUCAGAUCAUAUGGUAAAUGGGCACGCCAAUAGUGAAUCGACACAGAACGGUAUGGGUAGGCAACCAUCAUCGGAUUCGUCGAGCUCUUUCGACGAUGAACUGCUACAAGAGGUCAAGAAGAAGACAUCCAAAGAGGAAAACGGUGGGGCAUCUGUAACCAGAAUCGUCGUUCGAGACCACGGUCUACCAGAUGUGCUGGGAUCAGGUGGUGUGAAAGUGCAUGUGGAAACGAUCACAGAUGAAGAAUUCUCCGAGAAACUGAUCUAA